UUUGUGCGAAAAUUAACUUUGGCCUGCUAACUUUACGCCAAAACUUGAAAUUGUUUAUUUAUUGAAAAAUAUAAAAUUCCAAGUAUUUUAAUUACGCUACCAGAAACCACCACGUGAACACCUGGAAGUAUUUAUUAUAAAAAAGUGGAAAAUUAAAAAUUGGCCGACUAACUUUACUACAGUCGGUUUUGACUAUAUAGCGAUAUGGGGCCGUCGUGGUGUAAACAGUUGUUAAUCAAUAGAUCGCCGCUAAUACUACUGGGAUCGAUCUAUCUAAAUUUUCAUCAUUCGUUUUUGGUUAUUCAACGUAUAUUCAACUUGUUUUUUCAUGCUCCCUCGGCGAUAAUUAACGCGAAUGAAAAAAAGCUUAAUUUUGUUCUGUUUGUUUUGACCAUUUCAUUAUUCAUUUUACAUUCCGAUCAUUAGGUUAUAUUACUCAUUAUUGUCGAGCUGUAUGGAUGUCAAGCUCAUGGCUUUGCCACAAAAAUGAGGAGAAAUGAAAAGACUUCAACAAGCACGGGGAACUGACAGUGAUAAAAUAUAAAACCGCGUAUUUCAGCUUUUAUUAUUUGCACAGAAUUGAAAAACUAUUGAGUAUUGUUCAUAUUAACAAUGGACAAAUACGAAAUUCUUGGUCAGGUCGGAGAAGGAUCUUUUGGCCAAGUUUACAAAGCCAGGAAGCGCUCAUCAGGUGAAAUUGUUGCUUUUAAAAUCAUAAGAAAGCGAGGUCGUUCUCUGAAAGAACUGAAGAGUUUACGUCAAGAGUGCGAAAUUCAGAGUCGUCUUCAUCAUCCAAAUAUUGUGCAAAUGCUAGACUCUUUUGAGACUGAAAAUGAGAUAGUUGUUGUGAUAGAAUAUGUGGAUAAAGAAUUGUACGAGAUUCUGGGAAAAGCAGGACGUCUUCCCGAAGAAAGAGCUAGAUUGAUCGCCUGCGAUCUUGUAUCUGCACUCUAUUAUCUCCAUUCCAAUAGAGUCUUGCACAGGGAUCUCAAGCCGCAGAAUAUUUUACUGGAGGCCAAUGGUGUUGCCAAGCUAUGCGACUUUGGAUUUGCUCGAAGUAUGAGUACAGGAACUCACGUUGUAACAUCUAUCAAAGGAACGCCUCUUUACAUGGCACCGGAACUUAUUGAAGUAUGCCCGUACGAUCAUAACGCAGAUUUAUGGUCUCUCGGAUGUAUAAUAUACGAAUUAAUCGUUGGGACUCCACCGUUUCAGGCUACGUCGAUACUUCAUUUAGUUCGAUUAAUACGUUAUGAAACAGUCAAAUGGCCUGAAUUUAUUUCACCGUCUUGCAAGUCUUUUUUGCAGGGUCUGCUGCAAAAAGACUCGUCGCAGCGUUUAACUUGGCCUGAAUUGUUGGAUCAUCCAUUCGUCGAGGGUAGAAUUUUAACAAUUGGUAAAUCAGCUCCGACACCAUUCACUACACCAUUGUCGGCAAGUCAGGCACUUGCAAAACAACAGCAAAUGCAGAGUCUGGGAAUGCAUUCAGCAAGUCGUUCAAAAUUACUAGUGAGAGCAGUGGAGAAGAUUUACCAACAAGAGCAUAAAUUGCAUGAACAACGUCAUAGAACGUGUGUAUCACAGCCUCAAUAUCCAGUAAAUCAGGAUUAUUGUUACAUAAGACCACACCAAGAUUAUCAAGCACUGCGGCGUAGCGAGCCAAGUGGUACAGAUUCAAGUGCGAGUGUCGACGUAUUGUUGAGCAAUUUUAGCUUUCGUGGUUCUCUCAGGAGCGAUCUUAUGGCAGCUGAAAAUGCUAUAUGUGAAAGCGAGUAUCCAAUGAAUGAAAUAAUCCGACCAGUGACGCCGGGAGCGAUGGAGGAUCCGGAAGUGAAGUUGGAGAAAGAACACGAUCAGCGAAGUCUGGUGGCUCAUAUUGGAAAUACCUUCUCUCGUAUCAAGAUUGAAACCGGUGAAGAGCUUGCAAAAGAAUCGAAAACGAUAAAAAAUAUUUCAGAUAAAAAACCUAUUAUGAACGGUGAUGGUGAUUGGAAGUCACGGAGGAGUCGUUUGAGUAAUGAUUAUGAGCAUGAAUUUGACAACGCAGCUCAUGAAAACCUAACAAAAAAACAAUCGGGUCUUGGAGAUUGGGAUCCUUCAGUGGUAAAGCAUCAUAUUGAGAACGAGGAGUGGAUCGCUUUUUUACAACGUUCCAUGAAAGAAGUGAUCGACGGUGAGAUUGACUCAUUGUUGCAAAAAAAUUGCGUCUCAGUUUUUGUUUCGCCAUUGAGGAAUCCAGCUGCCAGCUGUCGAGUGGUUGAGUAUGUUGCCUGUCUGUUGUCAUUACCAUUUGUUAGCAGGUUAUCCCACGAAAAUAUGAACUUGAUAAAGCUGGUUUAUUUAGACGUUAGAGUUGUGCCUAAUCUUGUCUACGCCAUGAAAAUCAUCAUGUCAGAGAGAGCAGAAAAAAACGAGACUAUCGUUUCAGCCAAAUGUGAUGAUACGAAAGUAGCUUCGAUACUUUCGGCCGAUGAGCUACAAGCUCUUGAAGCCUCGUUGCUCGUACUCUGUCGACUCGUUCAUGCAGGACAACAAUUUCUCACUCAAUUUUGUGAUGCCGUCUAUAUUGUCAACGGCAUACCAUUUCUGCGACAGCUGUUGACACUCGAAAAAAGAAAAGCCCGUAUAAUUGGUGACCUCGUCGCUAUACUUAAUAACAUUUUACGUUUACAACCCGAAAAUGCUGAUCUCGUCAAGGGAGUGAUGAUUCGCUCGAAUAAUCCUAGUCAACCGAUCGCUCUACUUGAAAAACUUUUGACACAUCGUCACAGUAUCAUACGUUUACGGACGUGCACUCUCGUAAGACUUCUUGGGAGAUUUUGCUACAGAGUCUUGCAGCGAAUUUGGUGUAAAGAGCUAAAGGGCUUGCUCGAAUCAUUAGCACGGGGUGAUGAAGAUGAGUUGGUUAAAAAUGUAUGAAGCAACUUUUUUCCCUUGGGUAUUCGUUAUGUUUUUAAAAUUAUGGUAAAUAUUCAAAAGUACGACUUUUCCCAGAGAUCAUAAUAACAUGUUUUUUGUCUGGACUGCUUGAAUUGGUCACCAGUCACGAUAUUCUGUCCGCCAGGUUGAUUUUUUUAUUAUUUCCAUGGAUUAUGAGGUUUUGAAAUCCCUCGAAUUGUGGCAUUUCUACGUGCCUAAUGGUAACUUUUAUAUGUCAUAAGUUGCAAUGGCUGCUCAUAGCCAUUUUAUCUCAUGAUGCAAUAUAAACAAAAGAAAAGUUAUAAUAUUAAGUGGCAAUGUUGUGCCGGUACAUCGCACUCUUAAAAUAAAGAGUAUAUAAAUUAAGCGUUCUCAACAUAAAUGCAUCGACGGCGAAUUAUUGACGUUCCCGAACGAGCGCAUCGACCCUCGAUGUCAUCACCGAAACUACGAGAAAGAAUACCACGCUAUAUUGUCGCGAGAGGGGGAAAAACCCCCGAGUCUAUAAUUUUACCAACUAACCAAAAUUCGACAAUCUUUGACGAAACUUGUAACGAUUGGCCUUGAGGCAAUAAAACCUCGAAUUUGUAACUUCUUAAAUAAACUUAUUGUUAACUUGUUGUAAAAGUA